AAAUACUGUAUUCUACUACUAUUCUAAACAGCUUUCAAGAAAAAAGAGAAGACAGAGAUAGAGUCAAAUACUGUUGUGUAACUUCAGUCCUUUCUCCUGGUCGUUUCUUUCAUCUCUAAACAAAGAUUGAACAUUUGGAUCUACUUUUGGCCAGUAGUUUACUGACGUGAAGGUUGGACCAGGAUGUUUGUAGAAGAGCGGAUUCUAACAUUAUUCAAAAGAAAUUUACAUCACACCUUAACCUACUGGAGUGUGUUCUUCAGUUUUGGACUCUGCAUUGCCUUUCUUGGACCCACUAUAUUGGAUCUGCGAUGUCAAACACAGUCGACUCUCAGUCAGAUUACCUGGGUGUUCUUUGCCCAGCAGUUCUGCUUGCUCAUUGGCAGCUCUAUAGCUGGUGUUUUCAAGAAAACGUUGUUCAGAGCAUUGUCUGCCCUAUUCGUCUCUGCACUGAUCAUAUCAGUGAUAUUUGCCAUCAUUCCCCUCUGCCAUAAUGUGCUCCUGCUGGCCAUUGCCAUGGCAGUGUCUGGUAUGGCCAUGGGCAUAAUCGACACCAUUGCCAACAUCCAGCUGGUCACCAUAUACCAGAAGGACUCUGCUGUAUUCUUACAGGCUCUUCAUUUCUUCAUUGGGUUUGGAGCUCUAGUGAGUCCACUCAUAGCAGACCCUUUCCUGUCAGAGAAGGGUUGUACUGUGGGGAACGUGACCGAAAAUGUGACAGAGAUCAUGCACCACCUCCGGUUCUCACUGAGAAACAUUCCCAUGAACAUGCAUAACAUGACUGAGGACCAUGAGCUCCAUGUGGAGGAAGAGGAGUCCAGCGUGUCAUAUGCCUUCUGGAUCAUGGCCUUCAUCAAUCUCCCUGUACCUAUUGCAGUACUGUAUCUGAUGUACCGGGAACGGCUAAUCCCCUGCUGUCCCAGUGGGACCCCUCAGCUACUGGACAAAGAUGAGCUGGCCAUGGAAAACCAGGCAAAUGAAGGGCCUGAUACAGAGCCUAAAGAUCACGAGGUUGGAGGUCAUGGGGAUAUCUUCAGCUGCUGUCAGAAUGACAACCUACGUGGCUUGCCUGUGUCCUUCUUCAUGAUACACAUAUUGGGUGGAAUGGUCCUCUUCAUGACUGAUGGCAUUGUGGGGGCCUAUGCUGGCUUUGUGUACACAUAUGCUGUGACUCCACCCAUGGCUUUAUCCCAUAAGACAGCUGGUUACCUGGCCAGCAUCUUUUGGGCUGCCAUUACUGCUGGACGCUUGUUAUCCAUACCCCUCUCCUACCGCUUCCAGCCUGUCCGACUGCUUAUGGUCAACCUGGCUGGAGUCAUAGUCACUGUGUUGCUGCUGCUCAUCUUCUACACCAGCAGUGUGUUUCUCUUUGUGGGGACAUGCCUCUGUGGGCUGUUCCUCAGCAGUGUCUUCCCUUGUAUGUUGGCCUACACUGAGGACAUCCUGGACUAUCAAGGAUGUGCCACCUCCGUGCUUGUGACAAGUGCUGGAAUGGGUGAGAUGGUCAUGCAGGUUCUGGUGGGAUCGAUAAUCCAGAGUGAGGGCAGUUACAGCUUCCUGCUCUGUGGUAUGAUCAUCGGAUGUAUCGGCUUUGUCCUUUUCUUUGGGCUGCUGUUCUUUGAACGCUUACACAGGAACUACCUCACUGGAACGUCUAAAAAGUCUGCCAUGGUAGAGGAGCCAGCCACAGAGGUCAGGCCAGAGCACAAAGAGGAGACAGAGAGCAGCUGAGAGGAGCGGCAUCUGCAGGUUCACUGCUCUGAGCUGUCAUCCACCAACUAGUGAGCAGCUGGAAAUAUAUGCUGAGGAUUGCUGUGCAGAGAAGCACAAAAAAAGGACCUACAGUUAAUUUGUUGACCAUCAUGAGAACCUCCAACCUUUUGAAUAUCAAAAAUGCUCUCUACAAAAUGAAAGAAGAGCUAAAUAUGUGUCUUGUGAAUCGUAUGAAUGCUUUUUUAAUGUGUCCUAGAUAAAACAUGGAAGGAAAUUGUUAUAAAUAAAAUGUUAACAUGGAUACAGGCAAGGCGAUGUACUGUAUGU